AUGACUUCUUUGGACCCAGGUAGGAAAAGAGGCACAAGUGGUGACCUUGGCCAAGCCCAGAGGGCUCAGCUAGCACCCAGUGGCAGUACCUGUGCCAGGCUGUCUGGAGCUGACCCACCUGUUAGGGCUCAUGGACAGCUGCCAAUGGUGUGGGCAGAGAUGCCUGUGACCAGGAAGGACCUUCCUGAGUUGCUCAUGGUGCUGGGGCCCAUGAGCCAGUGGUGGGUGCCUCCCUGGAGACGGAGGGGCCUAGUCCAGUGCCGGCAGGCUCACCCUCCACGCGGUGCAGGGCUGAGUGUGGUGGACACAGCUCAGCUGGCUGCCCUGUGGCACCCCGUGGCACCCCAUGGCACUCUGUGGCCCCAGAGGCACAGCAGCUCCAGAUCAGGCCUCAGGGCGGCUGCUGACCUGCUGGCAUGUGGAAGUGGCAACAUUAUGGAUCACAGAAACAAGACCAGAGUCACUGAGUUCAUUCUUCUGGGGUUUCAGAAUGAGAAAGAAAUAGAAAUUCUUCUUUUUUCUGCCUUCCUGCUCAUGUACAUGACAUCUCUGAUUGGCAACACCAUGAUCAUCCUUUUGGUGUGUGGUGACUACCGUCUGCAUUCACCCAUGUAUUUCUUUGUAGCCAAUCUUUCUUUCCUUGAAGUUGCCAUCACCUCCACAGUGGUACCGAAGAUGCUAGCUAACACAUUUUUCCUAACCAAGAGAAUAUCCUUUGUGGGAUGUCUUACUCAGUCUUUCUUCUACUUCCUUCUGGGAUCCACAGAAUUCUUCAUCCUGGCCAUCAUGUCUUUUGAUUGAUAUAUUGCCAUUUGCAACCCACUGAGGUAUGCCAUCAUCAUGAAUAAACAGACAUGCAUAUUCUUGCUUCUAGGAUCUUAUGUGGGUGCAUUAUUGUCAAUUUUAGUGCCAUUGGUCUUAACUGCUCCUCUUCCCUUUUGUGGGCCAAAUAUAAUCAAUCACUUUUUUUUGUGUGACAGUGGCCCAGUGCUAAAGCUGGUGUGUGCAGACAUCUCUCUGGUUGAGGUGGCUGACUUUAUCUCCUCUGCUGUGUUGCUUUUGGGCUCUUUGCUCCUGACAGGAGUGUCUUACCUGUACAUUAUUGUUACUAUCCUUAGAAUUCCCUCUGCCCAGGGACGACAGAAAGCUUUCUCCACCUGUGUUUCACAUAUCACUGUAGUGACACUUUAUUAUGGAAGCUCCAUCUUUAUCUAUGUCUGCCCAAAAAAGGAAAAUGUGAUGGAUGUUAACAAAUUUGCCACAGUGCUCAACACCAUUGUAACGCCAAUGCUGAACCCUUUCAUCUACAGCCUUCGAAAUGAGAAAGUCAGAGAAUCCCUGAGUGAUGCCUUCAAAAAAUGUGUAGGGAUGGUGACAAAUUCAAGAGCUUUAAGAUCUGAAAAAUAA